AUGGAUACAAUAUAUAAUCUCAAGCAAGUCCUCCUCACCAACCAUGAUUUCACCACCAGCCUGGUCUCCAACGCAACAGACUUCACCACGAGCCCUCUGACCUACCUCGCCAUGCAUCUCGUCUCUUCGCUCCUCGUCGUGGGCGCCGCCUUCCAGGCAGUGCUCGGUCUGCCCGAUCCUCUUCGCGAGAAGAGGGACAGCGAGAUCAUCAAGCGGUCUGCUGAGUCCUUCAUCAACCAGGAGACCCCCAUUGCACUGAAGAAUCUUCUGUGCAACAUCGGCUCUGGUGGAUGCAGAGUCUCCGGUGCUGCCUCUGGUGUUGUCGUUGCCUCCCCUUCCAAGUCGAAUCCUGACUACUGGUACACCUGGACUCGUGACGCCGCCCUUGUCCAGAAGCUUGUCGUCGACAAGUUCACCGACGAAUACAACACCACUCUUCAGAGCACCAUCCAGGCUUAUGCUGCUUCUCAAGCCAAGCUUCAGGGCGUUAGCAACCCGUCCGGUUCCCUCUCCAACGGUGCCGGUCUUGGUGAGCCCAAGUUCAUGGUCGACCUCAAGCAGUUCACCGGUGAAUGGGGCCGUCCCCAGAGAGAUGGUCCUCCCCUUCGUGUCAUCGCCCUCGUCGGCUACGGCAGGUGGCUCGUCAGCAACGGUUAUGCUGAUACCGCCAAGAACAUCAUCUGGCCCAUUGUGAAGAACGAUCUUGCCUACGCUGCCCAGUACUGGAACAACACUGGUUUCGAUCUUUGGGAGGAGGUCAACAGCUCUUCCUUCUUCACCAUUGCCGCCUCUCACCGUGCUCUCGUGGAGGGUUCUGCGUUUGCCAAGUCCGUCGGCAGCUCUUGCAAUGCCUGCGACGCUGUUGCUCCCCAGGUCCUGUGCUUCCAGCAGAGCUUCUGGAACAAUAACGGCUAUGUCGUCUCCAACCUCGUCAACUACCGCAGCGGCAAGGACGUCAACUCCAUCUUGACUUCCAUCCACAACUUUGACCCCGCUGCCGGUUGCGAUGCCAAAACCUUCCAGCCCUGCAGCGACCGUGCUCUUGCCAACCACAAGUCCGUUGUCGACUCUAUGCGCUUCUGGGGUGUCAACAAUGGCCGCACCGCCGGUAAGGCCGCCGCCGUUGGUCGCUACUCCGAGGAUGUUUACUACACCGGCAACCCCUGGUACCUCGCCACUCUCGCCGCCGCCGAGCAACUCUACGAUGCCAUCUACAUCUGGAAGAAGCAGGGUUCCAUCACGGUCACCGCUACCUCCCUCGCCUUCUUCAAGGACCUCGUCUCCUCCGUCAGCGCCGGCACCUACUCCAGCUCCUCUUCCACCUACACCUCCAUCAUCAACGCCGUCCAGACCUACGCCGACGGCUUCAUCGACGUCGUCGCCCAGUACACUCCUUCCGACGGCUCGCUCACCGAGCAGUUCGACAAGAACUCCGGUGCCGCCAUCGGCGCCACCCACUUGACCUGGUCCUACGCCGCCUUCCUCUCCGCUGCCGACCGCCGCGCCGGCCGUGUCCCUCCCUCGUGGGGCGCUGCUUCCGCCAACUCUCUCCCCGACUCCUGCGCCGCCUCUACCGUCGCCGGCUCCUACGCCACCGCCACCGCCACGUCCUUUCCCGCAAACCUCACGCCCGCCAGCACCACUAUCACCCCUCCCACCCAGACCGGCUGCCCCGCCGACCACGAGGUUCUCGUCACCUUCAACGAGAAGGUCACCACCAGCUACGGACAGACCGUCAAGCUCGUCGGCAGCAUCGCUGCCCUCGGCAACUGGGCCCCCGCUUCCGGUGUCACUCUGAGCGCGAGCAAGUACACUAGCAGCAACCCGACUUGGUACACCACCAUCGCCCUGCCCCAGGGUGUCUCGUUCGCCUACAAGUAUGUCGUUGUCAACUCGGAUGGCUCCGUCAGGUGGGAGAGCGAUCCUAACCGCAGCUAUGCUGUUGCGAGCACCUGCGCAUCUACUGCGACCAUUAAUGAUACCUGGAGGUAA